CUCGCGCCCUGGAACACCAUCCAGAUCCACAGCGGGGAAAGCGCGGGUGCGCAGUGCGACAUCUACGCCUGCGCUGCCGGAGCCCGACUCCCUUUAGCAAGAGGGCAGCGUCCAGAGGGGGUGGUGAGAACCGGGAUCCCGGAAGCCCACCCUUCACCCGGAAAUGAUCGUGGAGGAACAUGGCGUUGCUGGUGCGAGUCCUUAGGAACCAGACUAGCAUCUCCCAGUGGGUUCCAAUAUGCAGCCAACUGGUAUCAAUAUCUCCUACCCAAAGACAGUGGGGCAGGACUCUCUCCAGCAUUUCCCAGAGGCCACAGAUGGACCAGUCUCGAAUCUGGGUAGGAUCCAAACACAUUGUUGGGAUGGACACCCAGCAGAGUAGGAAAUACCACACCACAAGUAAGCUUCCUACUACCCGAGAUUUCCCGCAGCCUGUUGAAGAGAAAGUUGGUCCCUUCACGAAGAUAAUAGAAGCCAUGGGAUUCACUGGCCCUUUGAGAUACAGUAAAUGGAAGAUUAAGAUCGCAGCCCUGCGCAUGUACACGAGCUGUGUGGAGAAAACUGACUUUGAGGAGUUCUUUCUGAGGUGUCAGAUGCCUGAUACAUUCAACUCAUGGUUUCUUAUAACCCUGCUUCACGUCUGGAUGUGUCUAGUCCGAAUGAAGCAGGAGGGCCGAACUGGAAAAUACAUGUGCCGGAUCAUAGUUCAUUUUAUGUGGGAAGACGUGGAGCAGCGAGGCAGAGUUAUGGGGGUUAAUUCCUAUAUCCUAAAGAAGAACAUGGCCCUCAUGACAAACAAUUUCUAUGCGGCAAUCUUGGGAUAUGAUGAGGGGAUCCUUUCAGAUGAUCGUGGACUGGCUGCCGCCCUCUGGAGAACCUUCUUCAACCAGAAAUGUGAAGACCCUCGGCAGCUUGAGUUGCUGGUGGAGUAUGUGAGGAAACAGAUGCAAUACCUGGACUCCAUGAACGGGGAGGAUCUGCUUCUGACAGGGGAAGUGAGAUGGCGCCCUCUGGUGGAAAAGAAUCCACAGAGCAUCUUGAAGGCCCACACUCCUACUUACAAUGAUGAGGGCCUUUAAGAGACUGACUCCUCUGGACCGUCCUAGCUGGCUGGCUCGGAGGAACCUCCACGGAAGAAGUGCCUGUGUGUCCCAGGACCCUGAAGAAGGUGGCCUAAACUGACUUUUGAACAGCACCUAUUGAAUCCUCA